AUGAGGAUGCCACGUGUGUUAUCACCGAGGGACGGGGAUGUCACCAUUCCCUGUGAUAUAUCUGAUCUAAAUACCGAGAGAGCCAUUUCAUUACUAUGGAGGAGAUCAGAGAACGACACUGUGCAUGACGUGUAUGAGAAUAUCGAUGGAGUUGUAAAGUCAUUCCGGCCGGGAUGUUCCGUGGACGUGACGGAGUUCCGGAGAGGAAACGCAGAGCUCCGCAUCCCCCGGGUCCAGUUCUCUGAUGAGGGGGAAUAUACCUGUACAGUGAUAAACACUCCGGAUAAAGCAGAAGGUAGAAGUACUCUGGAGGUGUCAGUUCCUCCAUCAGCUGAGGUGACUCCGGCCGAUCCAACCAUCGAGCUGGGGACGGAGAAGACAAUGAUGUGUGACGUUCACAAUUUUUAUCCAAAAGAUGUUUCCAUCCGCUGGGCUCAGUAUCGUAAGGGAUCCUCUGAGUGUGAGCUCCUAGACAUCUGGACCUGUGCGAAGAGUGUGCUGGAGAAUUCAGAUGGGACAUUCAAUGUGACAAGUCUACUGACCCUGAACCCCACGAUGGAGGAUAAUGGGAACACUUAUUCCUGUCUUAUCACCCACCGAUCCCUCCAGAAUGAGCUGUCCAGGAAUUUCACCCUCACAGUGACAGAGAGAGAAGACAACAGAGGAGCCGUUAUAGGAGCUGUACUUGUGACCCUUCUGUCUGUAGGACUUCUGGGAAUAUUUGGGUUCCUCUACGUCAGAUUUAUAAAGAAAGUUUCCCCUAAACUGUUAUCGGUCAUGGCCCCGGGCCGUGUCAUCCAUGAUGAGCAGGUGACUCUGACCUGUCCAAUCAACGCAUUCAAACCGCGAGCUUUGACCAUCACCUGGCUGAAGAAGGACCGGAACCAGCAAGAGACCGAACUGGUAACAUGGACUCCUGCGGGCUCCACCACUCACAAUGAGAAAUAUUCACACAAUCUAAAGGGAGAUGAACAUGAGGAUAAAUCUUAUAGUGUUCUCAGCGCUCUGACCAUGAAAGCAACCGUGACAGACGAUGACGGAGUGACCUAUAUCUGUAGAACCUUCCACCCUGCAACAAAUCUCCGAGACCAAAGAGAGGAGACCAUGAGAGUGACCGCGGUUCCGGUGCUGGACCCCAUACUGAAGGUUCAGGAAGUUGUUCAUGUCGGUGAGAAGCUGGAUCUGUCCUGUAGGAUUCAUUCGUUUUAUCCUCGGGACAUACAAGUCACAUGGUACACGGAGGAUGACGUCAUAAUACCAUCACAGACCACUGAUCCCCUCCAGGAAUAUGGCCACCUGUGUCAUGUCUCCAGUACUUCCAGUUACACCCCAACAAUGGAGGAUUUGGGGAAGAACGUCCGGUGUGAGGUUCGGCAUGACAGUCUAUGGAGACCAAAACACGCCAUUCUGACUCUGACACAUAUAGUCUCUGUGCCCACUCUGGGUGACAUACGGAGUGACCCUGCACAGCCCGAGCCUGGGGAGCCGGUGACAUUUUCCUGUGAGAUCCGUGACAUGUAUCCCGGAGAUCCCGCCAUUCAGUGGCAGUCGAGUGUAAUGGAUUUGCCUGCUCAUGAAGUGGACUUCAAGAAAGACCCGAAAUCCGGAACCUUCUCCGGAACCACAACAGUGACAUUCAUUCCGCAGGCCAGCGACCAUUCCAGCGAAAUCAGCCUGGAAGUCAAUCAUUGUGGAAAACCUCUCCUAAAGAAGACACACAUGUAUCUGAAAGGUAUUGUCCCUCAGCCUCCACACCCCCCACCCACACCAGUGUGA